AUGAUUUUGAAGAAUUUGAAAACUUUUUAUAAAAAUUUAACAUCAAUUUCCAACGAUGAUUCAAUAAAUAACUUGGCGAUUUUUUUUAAAGAGAAUAAAGGAAAAUUAUCAAUAUUAAGUGGUGCAGGAAUUAGUACAGCUUCUGGAAUACCUGAUUAUCGUGGAAUAAAUGGAGUUUAUAAAACAAAUAAAAGUUACAAGUCAAUAUUAUAUAAUGAAUUUGUUUCACAUCAUCAUAUUCGACAACGUUAUUGGGCUAGGUCAUUUUUUGGAUGGAAAAAUAUAUAUUCAGCAAAACCAAAUGAAACGCAUUUUGCAAUUAAAGAAUUGCAAUCGCUUGGAUAUAUUCAAGAUGUUAUUACACAAAACGUAGAUGGGCUUCUUCAAGCUGCAGGAACUCAAAAUGUUUUAGAAUUACAUGGAACAUUACAUGAGGUACAUUGCUUAAAAUGUGGCUUCAAGAAAAGACGGCCAGAUUAUCAAGAGAUAUUAAUGAAUUUGAAUCCAAAAUGGGUAGAAUUUUCCAAAAUUUUGGAAAUGUCCAAGGCCAAUCCUAAAACAAACCCUGAUGGUGAUAUUGAAUUACCUUCAAACAUUACCUAUGAAAAUUUUAAUUAUCCAUCAUGCGAACAAUGUGAAUCAGGACUUUAUAAACCUUCAGUGGUGUUCUUUGGUGAAAAUAUUAGGCCUGAAGUUAGAAAAAAAUCAACCGAAAUCAUUUUAAGGAACAAAAUAUUAAUGGUUGUUGGAUCGACGCUUACUACGUAUUCAGCAUAUAGACUUGUGUUUUUGGCAAAAGAAUUAGGAAGUCAUGUUAUUAUCCUUAAUUUAGGAAAGACACGAGGUGAUGCUUUAGCUCGUUUAAAAAUUGAACGAUCAAGUGAAGAAAUAUUAUCUGUUCUUACAAAUCGUCUAAACAUACAACAAAAUUUAUAA